AUGAGCUCCAUCACAUGCCAUCGUCAAUCGCAUGGCCAGGGCGGUUAUCCUUACAGCCUGCCGCACGGCCACCACCAUAAUAAUAGCAACAAUAGCCGCCCUCUCCACAUCGUCCAAACUAUUACGCCAACUGUUCUGGGUCCAGGCACCGGGAUUCCUCCGUCUUGCCUGGCUGGAUCCCAGCUACCUCCAUCCCUUGACAUUUCUUCUAACCUGAAUACCUUGGCCGAUACGAAAGCCACCUUGGAACUCACCGAAAUCACCGUGGAUACAUCCACCUCCCCAGUCUCUCAUGAUAUCGCCGACGAUAUGGGGCUGAACAUGGAAGUAUCCUCGACCACAAAUCCAAACGUCACCCCAGAACUAUCUCCUGCUUGCGAUAAACCUCGCAUUUCAAAGCGGAAACGAACUUCUUCCCCACCGUCGCCCUCUUCGACAAGUCCCGGAGACCAUCGUCGUUCAUCAUCUCGAAGCACUCGUCACUCUGCACAGACAGCUCGCCAAAGCUCUUUACAUUCUCAUCGCCGCGCAGCUACCAUCACAGCCCCUCUCACGCCAUCAGUUCCUAGCAAAGAUCUGGAAGCCAAGCGGGAAGACCUUCUGGCCCUGCAUCGGGAAUCCUGUCGUCUAUUUCAAGACAGUGAGCGAACUAUUCCGACUCAGUAUGAAAGAGCGUCACUUCCCCCAACUAUCCACGAUAGUCCGCCACACACCGUCCGCACAUCUUCGGAGACCGGUUCACCCCCGGUUUCCCCAAUCUUCCCGACCCGAUUUUCUACGGUCAGUGAGGACCUGACGGGUCCAGACAAUCAUAAGGGCCCCAUGCUCAUCACCAACACCAUCCAUGACGAAAGUUAUAUCCCUCCGAUCCAGACCUCGGUCACUGUCAUUGACUGGACGUCCCCGUCCACGCGGAGGCGCGAAUACAAAAAGAUCGAUCGUGCCAGUAGCGGGGUAAGGGGCUUCUGGCGCCGGGUUGCCCCCAAGUGGUGCCAGUUCGGACAUGAUCGCACGCCGUUCUUUGAAGAAAAAGGCGGCAAAGGAAACUACGAGGGUAGUGUCCGACGCUUUCGAAUGGACCUCCCCGACGAGCCUGCCCCGGAACGUAAAAUGAAUGCCAUUCGGGCGCUAAAGCUGAAACAAAUGUUGGUGACGACUAAAAUGAGCAGUCGUCGGAAGAGCGAAUAG